GUCACAACUUCAAAAACUUACCUACAGAAUCGUAUUUCCCUCAGUUGGUCAACUGAACAUUAUCCCCAUCCCACCCAUAUUCUGUCACUUCAUCCUUUCUUGCAUUGAGGCUGAAACCUGGGUUUUUCUUUACAACUUGAUUUGUCUUUCUAUUCCAUUAUGUCUGAAGCUCAGGUUCCUGUUUGGCUGGAUUGUGAUCCAGGUCAUGAUGACGCUUUCGCCAUUCUUCUGGCAGCCUAUCAUCCUCAGAUCAGAUUGCUCGGCGUCUCAACGGUCUUUGGGAAUGCAUCUCUUGAAAACACAACGCAUAAUGCUGCCUCUAUUCUCACCGCCAUUGGUAUGCAUGAUAUUCCUCUCUAUAUCGGCCUGGGUAAGGCUCUUGAACGUCCUGCCCUUCAUGCACCAACGGAUAUCCACGGUGUUUCUGGCUUAGAUGGCACCGACCUUCUUCCUGAGCCACUUGUGACCCCAUCUCCUAUCCCGGCUGUUGAGGCAAUGGCAGAGGCCCUGCGUGCUCAACCCCCUGGUACAGCGUGGAUUGUUGCAACUGGUGCGCUGACGAACGUUGGGGCUCUGCUCCGUGCGUAUCCAGAGCUUACCAGUCACAUUAAGGGUAUCAGUCUUAUGGGAGGCUCUAUUGGCGACAAUUUCUCAGAUGCACCGCUCGGCGAAGUUGAUGGUCGCCCUAGAAUCGGAAACUACACGCCUUGGGCUGAGUUCAACAUCCUCGUUGACCCAGAAGCUGCUGCUACGGUGUUCCAUACCAAAGAGAUCGCUGCUAAAACUACGAUUGUGCCCCUGGAUCUCAGCCAUCAGGUGUUGGCGACGUCGGAGGUGAGAGAGAUGCUGUUGUAUGGCCCUGAUGCUGAGCGGACAGGUCCCGGGAAGACCACUCUCCGUACCAUGCUUGUUGAGCUCCUUUACUUCUUUGCUCAAACAUAUGCUGAUACCUUCGGUAUUACCGCUGGACCCCCUCUGCAUGAUCCUAUUGCUGUUGCUGCUGUACUUGUCGACACCGAAAAUGAGAUUCCCUUCCUCGAGUGGGACGCCAAGCACAGCCAGCCCCCUGAGCAUAAUGAACGCUUCGAAGUCACAGUCAUAACUGAGGGCACGUUUGAAGAGGCUAAGGAGGGUAAGCAGACCGGUCGCACAUUGGCCAAGUUGCUUCCACCAGGUCAACAAGGUGUUAAAAUUCCUCGGGGAGUCGACACUGCCAAAUUCUGGGAGGUUAUCGAAGAGUGCAUUGAGCGAGCAGAUGCAAAAAAUGCUGCUCUUGCGCUUGCGAAGUAGUUUCCAGGGAAGAGUCAAAGUGCUAGAGUAGAAUAAAAACCGCGCGAACAGGAUUAGAUGGUUGGACGACAUACUGCGUCAUGAUAAAUCUAUCAAGUCUUGUUAUAGUCUAUAAUUCAUUGUGGGUGGUCUCCUUACUGCCCAAAUCCCAAUCAAGCAUCAAAUUCAAGCUCUGUUCAUAUGUCCA